UCCUAGAAUUCAAAACUUAUUACAUAAACAAUAUGUUUCAAACAAGCGAACCUCAACUAGAUUUUCAAGAUGUUUUAAUUGUGCCAAAAUAUUCUUAUGUGGAUUCUCGCGCAAAAGUAGAUUUAAAGCAAAAUUUUGAAAAACGUAAACUUUUGAAAGGAUGGAGGGAAAUUGUACCCAUUAUAGCAUCUAAUAUGGAUGCCACAGGAACUUUUCAAACUGCUCGAGUCAUGGCUAUGUAUCAAGCUUUAACUGCGAUACACAAAUACUAUUCUAUGGAGGAAUGGGAAUCUUUUCUGGAUACCAGUGAAAACGAAGUUCUAAACCAUUUAAUUUUAACAACAGGAACCUCUGCAAACGAACAACGACGUGUACAGAAGCUUAUCGAAAAAACAGGAAUCCGAAAAGUUUGUAUUGAUGUUGCUAAUGGUUACACACACCACUUUUUUACCACAGUUGAGGAAUUCAAAAAUGACCACUAUGAUGUGGCACUGAUUGCCGGCAACGUUUGUACUUAUGAUGGAGCAAAAAAGAUAUUUAGUGCUGGAGCUGACAUAGUCAAGGUUGGCGUAGGUCCAGGAUCUGUUUGCACGACACGACGCGUCACUGGGGUUGGAUAUCCUCAGUUUUCCGCUAUUUGUAAUUGUGUCAAAGCAGCAGAAGAGUCAGAUGGUUUAAUAAUAUCUGAUGGCGGAUGUCGUUAUCCAGGAGAUAUUGCAAAAGCGUUUGGAGCCGGUGCAAACUUCGUAAUGCUUGGUGGAAUGUUAGCCGGUCAUCAAGAAUCUUCAGGUGAAAUAGUUUCUAUUAAUGACAAAGAAUAUAAACAAUUUUAUGGAAUGGCUUCGUUUGAUGCUUUAAGCAAAUAUUCGGGUGGCUGUGAAAAAUACCGUACUGCUGAGGGAAAAUCUGUUUUGGUACCUUAUCGAGGAUCACUAGAGUCAACAAUAGAAACCAUACUUGCGGGACUUCGAUCAACGUGCACCUAUGUUAAUUGCCCUUCUUUAUACAAACUUCCUUCUCAAGCUAAGUUUAUUAGGGUGAAUCAUCAAUUAAAUGAAUGUUUUUUAGAAAAUUAAAAUUCACCUAAUUUUUUGCAGUUUUUUUUUGGUUCUUUGAUUUGUAAAGUAUUAGAAAGAAAAACAGUAAUGUGUAGAUAUGUUUGUAUGGAAUUUAUUGUCAGUAUUUUGAAAAUGUUUAUAUAAAAGUGCAAGGUCGUGAGUUCAAACAAAAAGAAUACACAAACAUUUAAUUUUCUUAAUAACCUUUGUACGAUCGAACACUUUUUUAAAGCAUAUGCAUUUCUUAUUUUAUCUCGCCGCUAUUAGCGUUUUAUCAUUAAAACUGGAAAUGUUUAAGUGUUUUAAACAUGUGGCAGUAAUCAAGCAACACAGCAAACUGCACGGUGCCGAUGUUAAUGAAACAG